UCAAGUGAAGGCAAGAGGUAAAUGUUUGUUUUUAUCACACAGUUUUUUCUCUGAAAAACAACAUAAUAGUCGAAAAGAACCGAAAAUUCAAUAAUAGUUAUAUUACGUCGAGAGAUGACACCGUUCAGCAUUGAACAAGAAGAGCAGUAGUGUCGCGACGAUGUCUCUGUUCCCGGCUUACAGUCAGGAGGCCGCCUCCUCGAGCCCGUGCGAGGCUGAUGCCGGCGCUGCGAUGUGCUGGGCAGACUCAAGUCCGGCCGAGGGCGACGCCGCGAUGGUGCCCUGCGGCGAGGCCGAGCGCGAGCUGCUGGAGUCUAGCGACAGCGAGCCGGAGACGGCGUCCGUGCCCGCGCCGCGCGCCGAGCCCGAACCGGACUACUAUGUGGACCGGCGCUUCGACGGCGGCAAUCUGCGCGUCUCCACCAUCUACUACCCCGGCCGUCCGCAAUACAACAGCCCAGAGUUCCACCUGGCACUCGGUCUGAAGCGCACGGCGGCGGGGCACAGGAAGCGUACGCGUCGCUACUGGGAGGCGAAGGUCGACGGCAGGGGCGGGGGCGGGGGCGGGGGCGGGGAGGGCCCGCAGGCGGAGGGGGAGGGGGAGCGCGGCGCCGCGCUGCGCCGGGCGCUCGUUGAUAACCCAAGGGACGUGGAGCUGUGGCUGCAGUACAUCGACUAUCAGGAAUGGGUGCACGGCGCGGAGGCGGCGCGCGCGGCGAGCGAGGCGGCGGCGGCGCGCGCGCCCGACGCAUGCGCGCUGCGGGCGCGGCGGCUCGCGCUGCUGCGGCGCACCGAGGCCGCGCAGGACUACGUCACGAGGCUACGCGACGAGCUCGCGCAAGAGAAAGAUCCGUCCGUAUCGGCGGAGCUGUGGUGUCGCCUGGUGUCGGCGUUGGCGUGCGAGCCGAUGGCCGGAGUGUCGGGCGCCGGCGCCGCCGCCGCCGCCGCCGCGCGCGCCUGUCGCCGCCUGCCCGCCGCCUACCCCAACAUACUGUACACGUACGGCUCGGUGGUGCGCGCGGCCGGGCUGUGGGAGACGCUGGUGCUGCUGCUGGAGCUGGUGCUGGCCGCCGCGCCCGUCGCGCCCCCCGCCCCGCCCGCCCCCUUCCCCCCGCCCCGCGACCCGCGCCUAGAGCAGGCGGCCGAGCAGCGCCUGCAAGACUACGAGGACAAGGUGGCGAACAGCGGUCUCCCGUCCGGCGCGGUGUGGGCGCGGGUGGAGCGCGCGCGCGGCGCGGCGCACUGGCGGCCGACGCGCGCCGACGCCGACGCCGACGCCGACCCGCAACGCGCGCCGGCGUUGGCCGACGUCGCCGACCUCGUGCUGCCGUGCGCGGACCCCGCCGCACUGUUCUUGCUAUUGGUUAAUGCGUUACGUCUAGCGAAGGUUCCGUUGCUCCCCGGCGCACAAUACGUGCACUCGGCGGCGGGCGCGGGCGCGGGCGCGGGCGCGGGCGCCGACGAGUGGGACUGCGGGGAGGCGCUGCUGGCGCUAGCGAGCGCUACCCGGCGCGUGCCCGCCACGCACGCGGCACACACCGCGCCCGGCGCCGCCCGGGAGCUACUGAGGCUCGCCGUCGACCCGCCGCACUACUUCAGCGACGACUACGGGUACCGCAGUUGGGUGGAAGCGUUGUGGGAGGCGGCGCUGGCGGCGGCGACCGGCGACGGCGUGGUGGCGCUGCUGUGCUGGCGACUGCGGUGGCUGCUCUCGCAGCUGCUGCUGCUGCCCGAGUCGCCGGAGAGCGCGACGGAGGCGCGGCGCAUCCGCGACUCGGCGCAGGCGACCCUCAAGCGCUGGGGCGGCGCGCACGCGCUGGCGUUCGCGCUGUUCGCGCGCCUGGCGCACUGGGCGGCCGUGCGCGGCGGGGGCGGGGGCGCGGGCGGGGGCGGGGGCGGGGGCGGGGGCGGGAGGCAGGACGCCGGGCGCCGCGCCGCGACGGUCGCGCUGCGGGCCGCGCUGCAGGACGCCGCCGUGCCCACCGCACAUCUGCUGUACAUCGCCAGAAUCGUGGACGAGGUGCACGGCGGCGCGUGCGGCGUGCUGUCGGCGGCCGGCGCGCGCGCGCUCGCCAGCGCCGUGCUGCGCCGCGCGCUGCCCGCCGGGGACGUCGCCGACGCCGACGCCGACGCCGACGCCGACGCCGACGCCGACGCCGACCUGCUGCGGGAGGCCAGAGAGGAGUGCGACCGGCGCUGCGCGUCAAUCGAGGAGGAGCUGGCGACGUCGGAGUCGCCCCCCUCGCCCCCGGCCGCGCUCGGGUGCGGCGCGCGGCUGCUGCGCGCGCUGCUGCCCGCCGCCGCCGAGUGGGGCGCCGCGCGGGCGCUGCUCGCCGACCCGGCGCGCCGCCACAGCCUGCUGCAGCGGCUGCUGGUGAGACCAUGUUAGCCUGUGUCGCUGGCGACGUCGGAGUCGCCCCCCUCGCCCCCGGCCGCGCUCGGGUGCGGCGCGCGGCUGCUGCGCGCGCUGCUGCCCGCCGCCGCCGAGUGGGGCGCCGCGCGGGCGCUGCUCGCCGACCCGGCGCGCCGC